GAGAACAUUUCACCGGAAGUAGACAUGAUUGCGGAAGCGCUCCAUAGUUCAUUUAGCUAACUGAAGUUAACUCACAUUUAUGAAGACUUUUUGGAGAUGUAACAGUCUAAUAUGCUUGUUAAAUAAACCCGAAGCUCGCUCGUCCCUGUCGGCAGGCCUGGAGCUCAGUUUUUCUUCACUUUUAAAACUGAUCGUAUAUGUUAACUUUUUGAUUGUGUGAGGAGCGAACUUACCUGCUGCAACACAUCCGGGGACAGGUGAGGUGAGCUAUGCCCGCAAGAGGUUUAUGUGAAGAUGGAGAAUCUGCGCUCACGUCUGAAGUUUGGGAGCAAAGUGGAGGACGUGAAGCUGAGGAGACGUAAAUCCCAGCUGUACUCCAGGCAGGAGGAGAGUCCCCUGAACAUCGGUGUGCUGAGCGUGACCGUGUUUUGUGUCGUGUUCAGACUGAUUAACUGCCUCCUGGUUCAAACCAGCUUCGUCCCGGAUGAGUACUGGCAGUCUCUGGAGGUCUCCCAUAGGAUGGUCUUCAAUUAUGGGUAUCUGACCUGGGAAUGGAAGGCGGGAAUAAGAGGAUUCUCAUAUCCACUUCUCUUUGCAUUCUUAUAUAAGAUCUUACAGUUCAUCAGCUACGACUCGGUUCAGCUGCUGAUUUGGCUUCCGCGAAUUCUUCAGUCGCUUCUGGCUUCGUUUGCUGACGUGAAAUUCUUCUUCCUGCUUCAAACGCUGGAAAAUCCGGAUGUUGCAAGAUGGACAUUCUUCUGUCACAUGUGCUCCUGGUUUACGUGGUUCUGCUGCACCAGGACUCUGACCAACAGCAUGGAGGCCACCAUCACCACUCUGGCUCUUUCUUACUUUCCUCUGCCCGGGUCCAAAACACACAGCAGUAAGAAGUACUUGGCCCUGGUGGCCUUGGCUGUGAUUAUUCGCCCGACAGCCGUGAUCGUCUGGUUUCCUCUGCUGUUGUAUCAUUUCUGGCAGGAAGACAACAAACUGAGGCUCAUCACUCAUCACUACAUUCCCACAGGGACGUUGGCCGUUGUCACUUCAACAGCGAUUGACUGUUUUUUCUAUGAGAAGUGGACACCAGUGCAGUUUAACUUCCUCAAGUUUAACAUCUUGCACGGUGUGGCUGAUUUCUACGGCUCUCACCCCUGGCACUGGUACCUCACUCAGGGCUUUGCCGUGGUGAUCGGCCCUCAUCUCCCGCUCUUUCUUCACGGUUGCAUGCUCGCCUUCAAGAGAUACAAAAUCCUGCUGGCAGCUGUCGUCUGGACCAUCGCAGUUUACAGUGUGCUUCCACACAAGGAGUUCAGAUUCAUUUAUCCAGUGCUGCCUUUCUGUAUGGUCUUCUGUGGGAUUUCUUUGGCUCAUCUGAAAUCGUGGCGUCGACCUGCAGCAGCCGUCUUGUUAUCGGCCAAUCUUAUUCCUGCUCUGUACACUGGUCUGAUUCACCAGCGAGGCACUCUGGACGUCAUGAACCACCUACAGCCACUUUGUGACGUAGGCAAUGUCUCCACCACCCGUCCACAGCCGGAUGUAUUCUUUCUCAUGCCUUGCCACUCAACACCCUUCUACAGCCACAUCCACUGCCCGAUUAAGAUGAGAUUUCUCGAGUGUCCUCCAGAUCUGGGAGAGGAAGCUUACGUGGAUGAAGCUGAGAGAUUUUACGAGGAGCCUCUUCUCUGGUUCAGGACCUCAUUCCCAUACAAGUCCUCUCUGCCCACCCAUCUGAUCAUGUUUGAUGUUUUGGAAAAGGAAAUCUCUGUAUUUUUGGAAGGGAAUAACUUUGUGAGGGCAGCAAAGAUAUUUCACACUCAUUUUCCUGAAGGAAGAGUCGGAGGAAGCAUCUUUAUUUAUGAAAGGCACUGACAAACACUGGAACAACGGGAACUUUCUGUCCUUAUGGCAAAACAUGUGGGGGGGUUUUCUUUUUCAAAUGGAAAUAAAUAUUUUACACUUAAAUCUUAUCAUUCAUUUUCAUCAAUUUAAAUUUUCAUCAAUUUAAAAAACAUUUUAUAUACAGUUAUAUUUCCUCAAAUGUUAUUUUUUCCAGUUUUUUCCUUUUCCAUCACAAGUGAAACUGUCCAGUUAAAUUAAGUUAAAGGUGGAAUGAUAGGAAACAGCAUGUGAGCUCUCACAUCACACAAAGCUGUUAGUGUAGCAGCAAAUUAAAACCAUCAAACUGAACACAGAAACAUCCAGAAGUGGCCCCCCCCCCCUUUUUUUUUUUUAAGUCUCUGCUGUUUUUAAAUGAAGGUGUUGGGGCUGAAGAGGGAGGUGCUCAUCAGUCUAAAAUUUACCAGCCAAAAUUUAAAGAAUGACUCAGUUUAACAUCUUAGAUAAACUCAAGCUACAUGUAGUUAGGCCGCGUCUUCCACUCCAACCUAAUGAUUUCUUCACCAAACACCAAAGAGCUGAAGGCCGUUCAGUAGCAUUCAAAAGUUGUGCAAACUUACAAAAACAAAAAAGAUGACUUUGCAACUAAAGUUUGUAGCCAUUGUAAUAAACUAGCUGAAAUCGCUUCAGUAUUUGGGGUCAAAGGGCAUCGGGCCCAGCUCUAUCUUCACGUCAGCCAUGUGUCUGUCUGCAUUUCUUCCUGAUCGGCUCCACUUGCGUUCGCUGUGGGGUCGAGACCGGGCUCGCUGCUGCUUACGCUGCUCCUGCUUUGUCCUCGAUUCCUCCUUUGAGUCUGCCUCGGGUCCUUCAAACGGCCCACUGGAUGAUUCAAACACAACACAGACGAAUGACAUCACUGUGAGCGUGAUGAUAUAAAUAAAUUAAUAUGAACCGGCUGCAGCGCUGAAGAAAACAGGUUCAGUCCUCACUCAACUAACCUAACCCCAACCUUUGUGGGGGACAAAAGGUGUAUUUUUUUGUUUGUUUUCAGGUGCAAACCUGUUACCAUGGCAAUAGUAAUUAGUGGUGACGGCACUUGGUGUGCCUCUAAUAAUGACCUUCACUCCCUGGCUUAAAUGGACCCUGUGUAAAUGCUAAAAUGUAAGCAGACAUCAGAAUAAUAGAACUGGUAGAAGAUGCCACGUACGUAUUCCACUAUUUAAGCUUAAAGUCAGAAGUGGACUCCAAGUACACAUUUUAUUGUAAAGAUUCAAUCAACUUAUCUAAACACCCAAUGAAGGCUUGUACAACCCAAUAAAUCAUUCAUAAAACUGUUUAUACAAUUAUCCCUGUGUUUGAAUUGUAUGCAGGACUAAAGGAGAAAAACCAUUUAUGAUUUGUAUGUUACACCAGUUAUUUACAGUGAUAAUCAAACUACAGACAUGAAUUUUGAUUAAAUUACUUCAGUUAUUAAUUUUUAGAACUACAAACAACAUUCAACCAAAAAGAGGAACGAUUGAAAACAGUGAAAUUACAUUAUUUACAAGUAAUUUGAGUUACAGCAAUUGAUUGCAAUUCUUCACCAACCAGUCAGUCUCUGAUGGACUGCGGUUGUUUGGAGUCUGAGUUCCACCCACCAGGUGACCUGUGCAAUCGCCUUGUGCUCAAAAAGUUGCACAAGUAACAAUUUGCAGUCAGUUGCAAGAAAAGAAAAGAAAAAAGUAAUGAAAAAACUGAGCUGACCUUCAUAGUUUUACUCUAGUGUGACUAUUGAGCCAUUAUUUUGCUUCCUUAAAGUUAUCGAGCCACCUUUGAUGAGCUCCGCCCCAUUUUCCUGUCAGCGUGAGGCUGUAAAAGUGUCUGAGCGCUCUAGUUUGAUUAUUACUGUUUAUUGAACAUUUAGAGGAGCUGGCUUUAUUUUUAAAGGUUGUUUUUAUUUUAGUUAUUUUUCACACAUUUUUAGUUUAGAUCACUAUAACAGCUUCACUUGGACUGUUUCCGAGAAAUUUGGUGGAUUUUUUUUGUAAAUUUAUGACUUUAAUCUAGAAUUUAUUUUCACCCAUCCAGAACUUUUAUAAAUUAUUCAGACGCAACCUAACAAUAAAUUAAAGGAUCUUUCUGGACGCUCACCUCGGGCUGUAACUCUUUGUGUUUGUUUCUCCAAAGAAGUGCCUGUAGAUGUAGUCAUCAACAUCCCCGAAAGUGUCAUCAUCGAGGCCGUGGUACUUGCGCAUGUCUGCGAGAAAGUUUUCAACCCCGCUCACAAAGUCUGUGAACAGCAUCUGGUCGUGAAUGAACACUCCGUUGCAGAAGAAGUUGUUGAUGAACGUCUCCAGCUCCUUCCAAUGGUGGAAGUGGUCGACCUCCUGCUGCAGGUAGCUCUGCAGCAGCUUGUGAAACUCGUCAGCUCUGAUUGGCUCUGUGGCUUUGUUGAAGAGCCUGGUGGAUUCCUGGUAGGCACAGUCGAAAACCCCGGAGCAUCCCUUCAUGUGGGCUUUGUGAGUGUUUUGCUCCCAGUCCUGGUGAACUUUGUCUCCUGACUUCCGGGUGUUGUGGCCAGAGUCGUGUUUGUGUCGUUGAUGAGGCUUGUGGGAUCUGUGCUGCCACGACUCCCUUGAAUUCUUCUCAUUGCUUCUCUGUUUAUAAAACCCUCGGGCUUUAUUGAUGAAGGUUGAGGCAGAAUCCUUGAAAUGUCUGAAAGUGGAUUUGACAGAGUCAGAGAACUUCCUCAGGUUCUCCUUCACAGCCUCUUUGGCUUUCUUAAUCUGCUCCUUGUGGUGGUGUACGAACUCCUUGGUGGAGUUCUUCACAGCAUCAAACGUCUCCUUCACUUUUCCCGCCAUGCCAUGCUUUGGUUUUUUCACUUUGGGCUCUGUGUCUCCUUUGGCUCUUUCCUCUUUGGUCUCCACAUACAGCCGCUCCCACAGGUCAGAGCGCUGCUGCUCAAAGCUCAGUCUCUUCUCCAGCUCCAUCAGGCGGGACUGCAGCUCCUCCGCCUCUGAACCCAAUUCCUUUCCGGCUCCUGGGAAUCGACUUCUCAGUUGACUUAGCUCUCUCCUCAGCUCAUCCGUGACCUUCCUCUCUUUGUCAAAUUUCUUUCUCAGCGUCUGUGUUUCGACCAUCAUGUUAGUCAGCUGGCCGUGGAAGCUUCUGGUCACCUGCUUCUCUUCCUCCAGCUGCUCUUUCAGGUUCUGGUUUUCUGACAGCAGCAAGUCGGCUCCUUCUUCCAUCGACUCCAGAUCUCUGAUCUUAGAGUGCAGACUCUUCAGCUCCUCCUGUAAGGCUGACAACGACAUCUCUUCUCGCUGCAGAGAGCUUUUCAGCAGCUGGUUCUCAGCUGCUAACUUCUGCUGCUGAGACACCAUGUUAGUGUUCUCCUCCUCCUUCUCUUUCAGCAACAUUUCCAACUUAUCUCUCUGGGUCUUGAUGGGAAAAAGAGGAACAGACAUAAGAUAUUAUUACAUACAUAUACAUAACCCCGGGAUAUAAAGUUUGUAUUGAUGUAUAUUAAGUUAAAAUGCUCAAAAUAAAAUGCGAAGUGGCUCUGACAGAAUAUUAUAAACUUGGAGUGUCACCAUCAGUUACCUGAACAUGAGCCUGUUUCAGAAUGAGCUCCUGGUUCUCGUUCCUAAUACUCUCAAGCUCCAUGAGCAAUGGAAUUUGGUCGUCAUGCAUUUCUUCCAUGCCAUACUCGAACAACUCUUCCUAAGUGAGAAAAAGAAGUAAAACAAGCCCAUCAAAGUCCUGCUUAUGGCUCCUCCAUCUUUGAUUUUUUUUUAUCUAUCUAAGAUGAAUAUGGUUCAUGGGAGCUGAAGCUCAAUACCCAGAUGGUUGUUGGUUCUAUAUUUUUUUCACAUCUUAUAAGAGCAGAGGUGUCCAACAUGAGGCCUGAGGCCAGAUUUAUAAAGUGGGAAACAGCAGUGAAAUCAUUAAGUACUAUUAAAUGUCUUUCACUUUGACUUCUGGUUCCAGAUUUAUUAAAAUCUCAGCUCUGGUUGAAGUGAACUUUUUCACAGUGUAUAAAGUUAUAAGUUAAGAAAUAUGCAGCAGUGUUUUGUUUGAAUGCCCCACUUCAGAUUAAAUUUGGACUGAACUAAAAAGAGUUUGACACCCCUGUAUAAGAGGAAGGUAAAUAUCCACAUUUAGUCUUUACGACUGUGAGUUUCUGUUACACUAGUACCAACUCAGCUUGACUAGGUUUUUAGCGUUUUCCAUUAGGUGGUAGUACCUGAUAACAGAUACUCUUUUAGUACCUACUCAGCCAGGGAUCCAAGCAAUCUGAGUCUGACUUUUGGUAAAUUCUAAUGCUUUUUUUACUGCACAAUUGUAGAUCAAAUUCAUACACACAACAGCAUUAUGAAGGAUUUAAGAAUAAAAGCAAAUAAAGUGAUAAAUUAUCCAUGUAAGAAGUUACAAAAAUCAAAAGCACGGCACAGAAAUUCAUGAUUACUGUUCUACCAAAAAUAAUAAAAUUACUCCUCGAGUCGGGACCUGUGUAGUCACUGACCUGGGAUGUAAGGUCCAUCACAUA